ACGCCCGGCCAAGUCUGCUUUUUCAAUAGUUCAUCAGAACACUGAAAAGAGUAGCAUAUUUACAGGACGGCCACGCCUCCACUUCAGUUAAACAGCCAGGUUCAACAUAAGAGUCAAAAAUGAAUUAAAUGACCAGAAACUAGGCCAUGUGCAAAUCAAGUCAUAAAUUUCUGAAUUUAGAUAACUCCCAGAAAAGUUCUAAUUAAACAACAACAAAAAAACCCUUUGUCAAUAUUUUAUAGUUUUUAUUUCUGCAAUAUAAUAGCAUUCUAUCUCAGUUUGUACGACCAUAUAUUAUUUAGUUGCGGUAUUAAACACUGAUCUUUGACCCUAAAAAUCUUAAUUUGAUAUAAUUUAAUUAAGAUGUGAGAGGUUUCCACAGAUCAAUUUCUUCCUAGCUUAUCCCUAGCCUUUAGGUCUCAUGUGAAAUUUGUAUUUUCUAAUUCUUGCUGCAUUUUUGUAAGGAGCAGGCUAUUGGGCCGUUCAGUCUUCAGGUUUAAGUUUUAUUAACUAAUAAUGCAUUUUUUUUCAUUAGUGUAUAUUAAGUUAUACUCUAUAGAAUAUAACAAUUCAUAAAAGCUUGUAUGUUAUACAACGAUGUGACAUACUUAAUAUUACUGGACUGUACACGUAAUACUGGUUAAGACAGUAUAUUUUAUGUUAUGCAUAUUUUACCACUAUUAAAAAAAUCUUAUUGUAGACUUCUUCACCAACACUCAUGGAAUAAAAGGAGUCCUCCUCAUUUUAAUGACUAUGAUUUUAGUUUGAUUGAACAAUGUGUCUCCCCAGUUAUCUGACCCUAAGAGUUACUGAAUGGCUCAAAACACAUCAAAAUAAGGCAAAAAAAAAAAAAAAAAAAAAAAAAAAAAAGCCAGAACAAACCCUUUCCUCAUGUUCCAAAGAAAAAGGUCCACCACUCAAAAGCCAACUUCUGGCCAGGCACUGAUGACAAAUUCAAAUCAAUAUGACAUCGAUGGAAAAUGUUCAAUGUAAUUGGGCACCCAAUUUUAAUUUCUUAAAAAAUGUUUGCCUUCCAUGAUUAAUUUAAUUUAUAAUUUAUGUAAGGUGUUUACGAAAUAAGAUUUGAAAUAGCUGGGAAGAUCCAGGAAAGGAUAAUUUAUUAAGUGGAAAUGACACCCUGGAACUGCAUUUUUAAAAUGGAUAAGAAAUGAAAUAUGGGACAGAUUCAAAACUUACUGCUGCGCAGCAUCUGUUUUUGGGAUAGUUCUGUAAAGUCCUGCAUAAUUUUGGCCAUUUUUAAAAUGCAAACAUACUAGGGGAGAAUUACAGCACUUAUUCAGAAUGGACUGUUAGGGGUGGGUAAGAGUUAAAUGCCUUCCUCCAGGGAUAACGUAACAUGCUCAGAGGCUCGCCUGAGUCAUGCUUACUGAAACACCCUUUUCCUACGGAGGACCAGGGCAAGUUUCUUGCCUGCACCAUACAGGAAAGCAAACUUCUACAGACAGAAGAAGGCUUCCAUUUGCUGCUGACACAUGGAACUGAGGUGAAACUGCUCCAUGAUUUUACACAUUUCAUAAAGUUCAAGAAACGGGACUCAGGUCAUCAAAAUGAAAGCCUUCAUUUUUGCAGCUGCUGGCCUCCUGCUUCUGUUGCCCACUUGUCAGAGUGGCAUGGAAAAUGAUACAAACAACUUGGCAAAGCCUGUGUUAUCUGUUAAGACCUUUCGUGGAGCUCCCCUAGAUUCUUUUGAAGAGUUCCCCUCUUCUGCCUUAGAAGGCUGGACAGGACCCACCAUUACUGUAAGAAUGAAGUGCCCUGAAGAAAGUGCUUCACAUCUCCAUGUGAAAAAUGCUACUAUGGGGUACCUCACCAGCUCCUUAAGUACCAAACUGAUACCUGCUGUCUACCUCCUGGUGUUUGUAGUUGGUGUGCCAGCCAAUGCUGUGACCCUGUGGAUGCUUUUCUUCAGGACCAGAUCCAUCUGUAUGACCGUAUUCUACACCAACCUGGCCAUUGCAGAUUUUCUUUUUUGUAUCACGUUGCCCUUUAAGAUAGCUUACCAUCUUAAUGGGAACAACUGGGUAUUUGGAGAGGUCCUGUGCCGGGCCACCACGGUCAUCUUCUACGGCAACAUGUACUGCUCUAUUCUGCUCCUUGCCUGCAUCAGCAUCAGCCGCUAUCUGGCCAUCGUCCAUCCUUUCACCUACCGGGGCCUGCCCAAGCACACUUAUGCCUUGCUAACAUGUGGACUGGUGUGGGCAAUAGUUUUCUUAUAUAUGUUGCCAUUUUUCAUCCUGAAGCAGGAAUAUUAUCUUGUUCAGCCAGACAUCACCACCUGCCACGACGUUCACAACACAUGUGAGUCCUCGUCUCCCUUCCAACUCUACUACUUCAUCUCCUUGGCGUUCUUUGGAUUCUUAAUUCCAUUUGUGGUUAUCAUCUACUGCUACACAGCCAUCAUCCGGACACUUAAUGCAUACGAUCAUAGAUGGCUGUGGUAUGUUAAGGCGACUCUCCUCAUCCUUGCGAUUUUUACCAUUUGUUUUGCUCCAAGCAAUAUUAUACUUAUUAUUCACCAUGCCAAUUACUACAACAACAGUACUGAUGGCUUCUAUUUUAUAUAUCUCAUAGCUUUGUGCCUGGGCAGCCUGAAUAGUUGCUUAGAUCCAUUCCUUUAUUUUCUCAUGUCAAAAAUCAGAAAUCACUCCACUGCUUACCUUACAAAAUGCUGAAACUAUCUUAGAGAACAAGGACAGCUAUCACAGAGAAUGUUUAUUUUCACAGACAUCUGUUUUCAUGGACAACAUAUGCAUAGUGCAAGGAGCUCCAUUUCUGAGCUCCUAAGAAAUAUGCUUCAAGGGUCAAACAUUACAAAAGCAUCAGUAAAUUUUUUUUUUUUUUUAGACUGAGUCUCCUGUAUUGCCCAGACUAAGUGCAGUGGUGCUAUCUUGGCUCAUGGCAAUCUCUGCCUCCUGGGUCAGCCUCCCAAGUAGCUGGGAUUACAGACAUACAUACCCAGCUAAUUUUUGUAUUUUUAUUAGAGACAGGGUGUCAUCAUGUUGGCCAGGCUGCCGACCUCAAGUGAUCCACCUGCCUUGGUCUCCUAAAAUGCUGGGAUUAAAGGCGUGAGCCACCACGCCGAGCAGCAUUAAUCAUUUUUAAAAACAAUUUAUCAGUAUUUAAAAAAUGUUAAUACAGGAGAAAAGAUAUCACAACUCUUUAUGAAAAAUGACAUUUCCAUUUGCCUUAUUGCAACUUCAAGCUCUUUAAAUCUCCAUCUUCCCUAUUUCUGUGAAUGGUAUUGCCAUCCUUGAAAUCUGACAUCAUUUUUUAUUCUUUGGUCUCUUUUGACUCUCAUGCUGACGGCUGCCUCAUCAACUGGUUCUAUCUUUGCAGGGUCCCUCACCAGGAUCCUUUAUCUAGUUCCACCUUUACCUUCUUUUUUCUUCCUUUCUCUUUUUAAAUAGAGACAGGGUCUCGCUUUGUUACCCAGCUGAAGUGCAGUGACCUGAUCAUAGCUCACUUCAGCCUCCAACUC